UAGUACGCCCUGCGGAAGCGCAUUCGUCACAACGUGAAUACGGACGGUCCGCCAAUGGAGCACUGGCUUGACUUCGCCGCCGAGAAGUACGGGGAGCGGCUCGUGGCCGACAUGAAGGUGGUCUGCUCCAUACUCUACUUGUACCUGCCCGUGCCGAUCUUCUGGUCGCUGUUCGAUCAACAGGGAUCCCGUUGGACGUUUCAAGCAUCCAGGUUACGGAGUGAAGUAUUUGGUGUAACGCUUAUGCCAGAUCAACUGCAAGUGAUGAACCCUGCCAUGGUGCUAGUGAUGAUUCCCGUGUGCCCCGGAGGUGCUUGGCCUUUGUUACCGGAUUUACCACCUUUGCACAAGAUGUUUGUGGGCGGAAUGUUGGCGGCCAUGGCUUUCGUUUCAGCUGGGAUACUGCAGAUAGGAAUAGAACGGUCAACAUUGCAAGUACCAGGGCACCACCAGAGCGGGUUGGUGUUGCUGAACACGCUGGAUUGUCCCGUGGAGAUGUCGGUGCGAGGUGAGGGCGUUGCCCCCGUCGAGCAGCGCGGCACGGCGCUCAUGACUCCUCUGCCGCACCGCGUGCUCGGCAUCACUGUGUCCUGCCCUGUCAAUUGUGCGGGCAGGGUCAUGAAGAAACUCACGGUCAGGGAGGACUUGAAGACUGUCGCUAAUAUGUUUAUGCCGAUAGUCAUAGGGCAGAACUCGGACGACCAAAUAUCUAUGUAUUUUAUGGAUCCUAAUGCGUUCAUAAAAUCUUUAACUGGAAAGCCGAAAUUAAAGGUGGUGUACGUGGGAGAUACUGGUCCCAAUAAGAACGUGUCCAUCGCUGUAGAGACAGACCGGCAGCUAAGCGACAUUUACUACGUGUCCGACGCGCCUAUAGACCACAUCGGCGAGUCCGCGUACAUGUGCAUGCAGCCUGGGAAGUUUAAAUGGCGUGCACAAAGCGCCGGUGGCGAAGUAUCAGGCUCGGGAGAGGGCUAUCUAAGGGCGGGAGGUGUCUACGUGCUCUGCUUGCGAGAGCGUUUAGGACGAUUGGACGCAGCUGUACUUCAUGCUCCUAAUCCACCUAACGAACUGCACCUCGCUUGGAUCGUGCCACAGUACUUGCUCGUCUCAGUCGCAGAGAUAAUGUUCGCUGUCUCCGGCCUUGAAUUCUCCUUUACACAGGCACCUAAAAGUAUGAAAACUAUAACAAUAGCAGCGUGGUACGUGUCAGUCGCGUUUGGAAAUCUCAUUGUCAUUUUAGUUGCUCAGACGAAGAUCUUUGAGUCAAGGGCAACGGAAUUCUUUGUUUACGCUGCGGUGCUGACAUUGGCAAUGCUGCUGUUCCUACACAUGGUGCAAGGUUAUGAGACCAGAAGCAUCGAGGCAGACGCAUCUUCUUCGGAGAGUCGGCCUCUUUUACACCAUCGAUCAAAGGUGAUAUCGGUGCAUUCGUUAUCGACGUCGAGCACGCGCGGGUUCAGUAGCCGGAGCAGCGCGGCCUCAGUACUCGGCGCGAUGGAUAGCUCUAGGCAGACCGCGAGGCAGACCGCGAGGCAGACAACGAGGCAGACGGCGAGGCAGACCACGAGGCAGACAGCGUGGCCGACGCGAGCCUACGUGCAUGUCGCCACGCCCAGCACCAGUGAACCGAGAGCCACGACCCUCGCCAAAUAG